AAAGCGACGUGGCACGCGGACGUUUAAAUGAUCGGAGCCGUUGACUGAGCGUCCCGUCAUCCUGAUUUGAUUUAGUACCCAGAGCUAACGAAACCCCACCGGGACCAGAGACAUGGCUUCAAAUAAUGGCUCAGCCGGAAAAUGGGAGGUCGUGAAGAAAGGAAAGAAGAAUAACAGCUCGGGAGGAGGGAAGAACCCGAGUGAGAAGAAAAGCGGCAGCGGAGCACGGAAAGCCUUGGGCGAAUCUAACCAGCCAUCAAGACCGCCCCUGAAGAUGUCAGAGACUCUGUUUGACGGCUUCGAGAAGAUGGGGAAGAAACAGAACAAGGAGCAGGUUCCACCACUGGCCGAGCCUCAAAACAAAAAGCCCUUGUCAAGUAAACCAUCCAAGAAAUCACAAUCUAGCAGUACAGUCACCCCUGCAACUCACAAGACCCUCGAGGAAGCCUUCAAAGCUUUGGAUGUUGAGGAUCUGAAACAGCAGUUGGCUCGCAGUCAGACCUUGUUCCCAGAAAACCCAUCGGUGUGGGUCAAAGAUCUGGCAGGAUACCUCAACCUCAAUCUGACCGCACCAGAGACCGAGCCCACGCUGAGCAGUUACGCCUUUGACUAUCCAUACUGCCUAAUAGGCAAAGAGCUGAGGGGUGUAAUCAAAGGCCUCAUCGGCCGUUGCAGUGAUUUUCUGCCAGAUUUCUUCGACCACUGUAUUUACACUAUGCUCAGGGAGCUGGACAGACAGUCAGUAGAACCACUGCAUGGCUACAGAGUGUGCAUUCAGGCAGUCCUACAGGACAAACCCAAAAUAGCCACGCAAAACCUGCCAGAGUAUUUGGAGCUAUUGCGGUCAGUUCAGAAUCGCCCAGUCAAGUGUUUGACCAUCAUGUGGGCUCUGGGCCAAGCUGGAUUUUACGACCUCAACCAGGGACUAAGAGUGUGGCUGGGUAUUAUGCUGCCUGUGCUGGGAAUGAAGUCCUUGUCCGCAUAUGCCCUCGCUUAUCUGGAGCGACUUCUCCUACUUCAUACAAACCUGACAAAGGGAUUCGGCAUCAUGGGUCCUAAAGAGUUCUUUCCUUUACUGGAUUUUGCUUUCAUGCCCAAAAAUGCUCUGUCAUCAAGUCUGCAGGAGCAACUCCGGCGUCUCUAUCCUCGACUUAAAGUCCUCGCAUUUGGAGCCAAACCUGAAAGCACAUUACACACAUACCUGCCAUCAUUUCUGUCUAGAGCCACACCACACUGCCCAGAUGACAUGAAAAGAGAGCUGCUCAGCAGCAUGACGGAGUGUUUGUGUGUGGAUGUACAGAGUCUAGGAGUGUGGAGGCAGCUCUAUACCAAACACCUACCACAGUCCAGUCUGCUGUUGAAUCACUUAUUCAAGUCCUGGAAUGUCCUUCCACCAAAGCUGCGGAAGAACCUUGAAGAAACAGUCCAGUCUUUCAGAGUGACCAAUGAAGAGAUGAGAGACAGCAUCGAAUCUCAGGACCUUCAGGAGUGCCACCAGCUGUGCCAGAAUCUGCAGGUGAAGAUGCGUGGUCAGGGGUUCCCCUGGUCCAAACUGCUCAUGGUUCUGCUUGUGUUUGCUGGCGGCUUCAUUGUACACGACAUCAGAUCUCACGGCUCCUUCACAGAUUCCACCACAGCCAGGUCUCUGCGCGGCUCAGGGGUCACAGCUGUAUCUCAGCAGGCCUGGGGCAAAAUAACAGUCUACUCAAAGCAGGGCUUCAGCUGGCUGGAGACAAACACUCCUUAUUAUUACUCUGAGUGUGCACGGGUUUUGGGGCCACUAAUGGAACAAGGUUUAGAAAAGGCAAAAGCAGUGGCUGUGUAUGUCUCAGACAACACUACACAGUUGGUCCUCUGGGUCAGAGAAAAGACACCACUGGUCAUAGAAUGGGUCAACACCAGCACCCCAGACAGUGUGUUCCAGGUGUUGGCGUAUAUAAGGGAGCUCUUGCUCUUCUUCCAUCAGAACUACAUCCUGCCAGCACUGGUGUACAUGUCUAACCUGCUACAGCGAGCAUGGACCAACCUGGAGGACUCCUGCAAUGGUAAGGUGACAGUGUCAUGUCUGCAGGGCCACGCUUUGUCCUUCACCAACUCAACAUGGCAGCUGCUGCAACACACAACCUCCGCCAUCAAGACGUGGGCUCAGGAGCUGCUGACGCGAGCGUAAUAGUAUACAAAUAGUAGCAACAUAAGAAGAAGUAUACACACACAGAGGCUGCCUCUCAGUGUGUCGACUCCUCUAGAAUCGUUACUGGACACUGUGGGGUCAGACAAACAGACUCACUCAAAGGAACUCUUCUGUCUCUUGCUUUGGCUAAAUUUUAUCAAUCACUUUUUUGCUGUAUAGAUUUUUUUUUUUUUUUCUUCCCCCCCCACCAGUCCUUUUGGACACAGAGGUUGUAGCACUCUCCCUCCUUGAGUUUUCUACAGCAAAUUUCAGCUGUUGCUUUAAACAAAUCCUGUAAAUUGUAGAAAAUGUAGGUUUGUAGAUGAUUUAUAAACGGUUUUUAUUUAAAGAUAUUAAAAAGUGUUAUGUGAUAUUUUGGUGAAGGGCAAGGAAAAGACCAAAAAAAACAUAUUACAGACUUGUCCAAACCAUUAAAGAUACUGUCAGUUAAACUCUGAGUGCCGCUUCACUUUCCAUAUUUUGUCCAGUGGGCAGAUCACAAUUUAAAGCAUUCAACAGCUGAGAUAUUGUGAGGAAGAGCUCCCACCUGCCAGUGGACUGACUCCUUCAGAACACUGGACAGCAUGAAUCGGAGCGGACACAAGGAGUCUCCAGUCAGUCUUAAAAGGUCCAGAAGGAGAAGAAAUCUGUCUAUCCUUGUUUUGUUUUUGCAUUUUCAUCUUCUAUCCACUCUCUCUCAUGCUUCAGAACUAAAAUCAGCACUGAAGCCGUGUACUCCCACUUGAAGGGGCUGGGGGGGUGUGUGUGUGUGUGUGUGUGUGUGUGUGUGUGUGUGUGUGUGUGUGUGUGUGUGUGCGUGCGCGUGCAACAACAUGUUUAUGCUCAUUGAUGGGAUCAUGAUUAACCCUAUACCAGUGUCCUCCUGUACACACAAAUAUGACCAGCUGAUUCGCUCACUUCUCCUUGUGAACAAGAUGUUUGGAUGGAUAUAUGGAUAAUGAAUAAUGUCUUACUUUAUAAUGUAAUGAUUUAUAAUAAAGACUUCGACCCAU